CAAAAAAAAUCAAAUGGCGUUUGUGACAUGACAGCUGUAAAACGAAAACAAACUUGUAGCGUAAUUUACGCGUAAUUACCGUGAUUAGCAAAAAAAUGGUUUAUUUUUAAGUUAAUUAAAAUAGCGUGAGGUGAAAAAAUGGCGUCGGUGAAAGUGGCAGUUCGAGUAAGGCCCUUUAACCAAAGGGAACUUGACAUGGAUGCAAAAUUAAUUAUUCAAAUGAGCGGAAAGACUACGGGAAUAUUAAACUGCAAGGCUAACGCACGAGAUGAAAACAUUAGAUACAAAGAAUUCACUUUUGACCACUCAUACUGGUCCCACGACGAGAAUUCGCCAAACUUUGCCUCCCAAGAACGCGUUUACAGCGACUUGGGGACGGAAGUCGUCGACUGCGCUUUCCAAGGAUAUAACGCCUGUGUGUUUGCUUAUGGGCAAACUGGGAGCGGGAAAACCUUUACCAUGAUGGGAUCUCCAGAUAAUCAGGGUUUGAUUCCCAAAAUUUGUAAAUCUUUGUUUGAUAGAAUGGCCGAAAAUUCAAAACGGGGCACCACUCACAGAGUACAAGUCAGUUACCUUGAAAUUUACCAGGAACGGGUGGCUGAUUUGUUGCGGGGCCGCGAUAAUUCGUCGUUAAAAGUGCGGGAGCACCCUAAAAAGGGGCCCUACGUUCAGGGCUUAACGACGUGCCUGGUCACUAAUUAUGGGCACAUUCAGGAAUGCAUGAAUCGCGGCAAUUCACAUCGGACUACAGCUGCAACUAAUAUGAACGAUGUGAGCAGUCGUAGCCACGCUAUUUUUACCAUAACUUUUGUGCAAGCUGGCUAUUGUGAUGGUGUUCCUAGUGAAACAGUUUCAAAGAUACAUCUAGUAGAUUUAGCAGGGAGUGAAAGAGCUGAUGCGACUGGAGCCACCGGUCAGCGAUUAAAAGAAGGGGCACAUAUCAAUAAAUCUCUCGUGACUCUUGGUUCUGUGAUAUCGGCUUUGGCUGAGUUAUCAGUGGAAAACAGUGGUCAGCGAAAAUCAUUUUUUAUACCAUAUCGAGAUUCUGUGCUCACUUGGCUUCUAAAAGAUAGUUUAGGUGGUAAUUCUAAGACCAUCAUGAUAGCAACCAUCAGUCCUGCUGACUGCAAUUAUGGUGAAACUUUAAGUACACUGAGGUACGCAAAUCGAGCUAAAAAUAUUAUUAAUAAGCCGACUGUCAACGAAGAUCCUAACGUUAAAUUAAUCAGGGAGUUACGAGAUGAGAUUAGUAAAUUAAAAGCGCUUAUGUUUAGUGAGCAAAGAUCGGAUAUGUUGGCCCAACUGCAUGAAAAAGAAGCUAGGGAAAAGGAAUUGACGGAGGAGUGGGCCGGUAAAUGGCGCGAAGCUCAGGCAAUUCUCAGGGAACAAAGGGCAUUAGGAUUGCGCAAAGCCGGCCCUGGCGUCGUUUUAGACUCAGACAGGCCACAUCUAGUGGCAAUUGACGACGACCCUCUUAGUACUGGAGUAACUUUGUACCACCUCAAGGAGGGAAAAACUACAAUCGGAACGGAAGAUUCGGAUGUGAAACAGGACAUCGAACUGAAAGGGGCCGGUAUGGAGCCCCAACAUUGUACAAUAACGUUCGAAAAUGGGGUGGCAACACUUACCCCAAAUCCGGGGGCUUACGUUAUGCUGAAUAAUGUGCUCAUUGAGGCCCCUGCUAGACUUUCCCAAGGUUGCAUUAUUUUCCUGGGAAAAGCCCACGUCUUUCGUUUUAAUGACCCUGCCGAAGCUGCAGAGUUGCGUAAAGGCGAACGCACCUAUAAUUUGUCGCGUCUGAGUUUGCUGAGUUGGUCCACGCCUGAUUUGGCUGUGUCUAUGGAAAAUCUGCAACCAAGUCAAGACGAUGAGAAGAGUGAGAUUGAGAUCCAAAGACUUAAUUUAGAGAAGGAGAAAGAGGUGUUUGAGAAGGAGCAAGAGGCGUUCGAGCGGAAACGCAAAACUUUAGAAGAGGCGCAGGCGAAAUUGGAGGCCGAGAAGGCGCUGAUGCAUGAAGAGCACGCGCGUCAGACUCGCCGCUUGCAGGAAGACUGGCACCAUUUAACACUCGAGCAAAGACAACGCGAAUUUCAAUUGAAAGAGAAGGAAAAAGAGUUGAUAGCGCGACGAGAGGAAUUGGAACGUGAGCGGCAUAAAAUCUGGGGCGAAAUAAACCACGAAUUUGAGCAAUUGCAAGAUUUUAAGUCUAAUGUUGUCAUUAAAUUGAAUAAUGCUUGCCAGUUUAUUACGUCACAUGCCAAUGAUUUUACCUUUCCUAAUCCUCAAAUCAAAAAAGUCUUUCAGGAACUAGUACUGAAAAGCGAGAGUAACUCAUUGACUGAUGCCGAGUCUGAUAUUUUAAUUGACGCCUUAAAUAGUGUUAGGGGCCCUUCACUUAUUCAGGAGUUGGUUGUGCAACAUAGGAAAGAAUUAGCCGAGCUUCAAGCCGAAUUAAAUAAGCGAGUUGAGGCGCUUUCAGAGCGGCGAAAGACUGUAGAAAUGCUCGAUAAAAAAUUGCUAGAUUUAGUUGACCAACAAGCCUCGCUUGAUAUUAAUCCACAAGAUGAUCACCUUGUUGACCUCAAACAGUCUUUAGCUUCGCGCACGAAAGAGGAACUCGAAAAGAUUGAGAAGAAAAAACAAGGAUUGAAACUGAAUUUGAAAAAAAUUAAUUCCGUCGACGAGCCAAACUCCUGCGAGACCAACUACACCAGCAGUUUAGAAAAAGGUAGCACUUUGAGCAGUGACACUUAUCACACUGCUGCAAGUGUUUGUUCACCCGUUUUAAACAAUCUCGACUGUCUUAUGAGCGACAGUGGGGUGGAAUUGCGACCGUCGCCGCGAAUUCAGGACGAAAGCGAUUUGUCAAGCAACGAGGAAUAUAAGGUGAUUAGUGAUUCGCAAUCGACAAGUUCGAUCGAGAAUCACUUGCCGGUCAUUCGGAAAAAACGGAAAGAUAUCGAAGUGUUGCGUAGAUUAAGCCAGAAAAUUUUACAACAAAAGCAAAGUAUUUUGCGAAGCUUGGACUCGGGGUAUCCGAAGGUUCAAAUCGAUUCGCAAAUUGCGGUUUUGCAGGAGUUGCAAAGGCAAUAUAUGGCGAUUAAGUGUGGAAGUGGUUCGGUUUUGUCGCCUGCAACCGAACAUCCGUUGCAGGAUGUGGAUAGUGCGAGUCCGAGUCCGGUUAAACCGUUUCACACCGGGUCCACCUCGGCUCUGUAUUCGCCGAAUUUACAGGUGCAAAGCCACAGACUGUCCUCAUACAAUUACAACCUCCACCGAUCUAUGCCUUCGAUUGCUUCAGAAGCUGAUAAUGACUCAGUCGUCACAAUCAGCAGCUAUUGCAUUCGAGGUGCCGGUACAAAAACCCACUACGAAUACGAGGUCCGAGUUUGUACAUCCGACGACCGUUGGAGCAUCCUUCGGCGUUACAGCCGUUUCAGAGACCUUCAUAUCGCAAUGAAAGCGCGAUAUGGUGACAAAGUUGCAUCGAUUCCAUUUCCGGCCAAACAACUUUUCGCAAACAGCGAAACUGUUGCCAAAUCACGCAAACGACAGUUGGAAUUUUACUUACGAAGAUUGAUCGAAACGUGCAAAAAUUUACCGGCGUGCCCUUUGGCAUACGGUGAUACAGUUACCAAAGCGGCCUUAAUUAGCUUCUCACCGUUCUUCAGAAAGGGGGUCUUCGAGAAUGGCAAAUACGGCACUUCCUGAGAGUUUUGCGUCCAGUUUAUGCGUAGAAUAAGAGAAAUGGGCAAUAGCUAAUAAUGUAUUAUUUAUUUUUAUUUAAAACACGACACCUAGGUAAUUAUAGUUAGGUUUGGUGGGGUUAUAAGCUUUAAAUCACCAAAAUUGUAUUGUCAUAAUCUUAAUUGAAAACAAAGCGGGUUCAUACACUUCCUGCUAAACGACUAAACUACCAAGCUUUUAAUUAACUUUCUGAUCAUUGUGGCCAGAAGCCGCUUUGGUCGCAAAUUUGUUAAAAGCUCUAUAUUACGGUUAAGGCUUGAAGUGACUCAGAUCAAAUGAAUUCUUCUAAUGUGAUAAUUGUUAAAAGUGUGAUAAAUUGCAAUUUCUCAAAAGUAGUAUUAUGCGCUGUUGUUUCAGAUUUGUUAUUAUAUUUUUUUUAUGUGUAAAGUCUGUACAGUUUUGUAACCAAUAAAGUUUGAAAAAUCAA